GGACUAGGGGGUGGAAAUGGUGGGUGGAACAGGAGUUGGACCAGGAGGUGGACCAAGGGGUGGACUAGGGGGUGGACCAGGAGUUAGACCAGGGGGUGGACCAGGAUUUGGACCAGGAGGUGGACUAGGAGGUAGACCAGGGGUUGGACCAGGGGAUGGACUAGGGGGUGGAACAGGAGUUGGACCAGGAGGUGGACCCGGGGGUGGACCAAGGGUUGGACUAGGGGGUGGACCAGGAGGUGGUCCAGGGGGUGGACCAGGAGGUGGACCAGGAUGUGGACUAGGAGGUAGACCAGGGGGUGGACCAAGGGGUGGACUAGGGGGUGGACCAGGAUUUGGACCAGGAGGUGGACUAGAAGGUAGACCAGGUGGUGGACCGGGAGGUGGACCAGGGGGUGGACCAGGAGGUGGUCCAGGGGGUGGACCAGGAGGUGGACCAGGAGGUGGACCAUGGGGUGGACUAAGAGGUAGACCAGGAGCUGCACCAGGAGGUGGACUAGGAGGUAGACCAGGGGGUGGAGCAGGAGGUGGACUAGGAGGUAGACCAGGGGGUGGACCAGGAGGUGGACCAGGGGGUGGACCAGGAAGUGGUCCAGGAUGUGGAGUAGGAGGUGGACCAGGGGGUGGACCAGGAAGUGGUCCAGGAUGUGGACUAGGAGGCUGGAAGUCUCCUGCUUUAGGUAACCGCAGCAGGCAACAGAUGCUUCCAAACUUUCCGUCUACGUGUCCGGCAGCUCGUGCAUCAGCCUUGUGA